UCUAAAGCUUUCCAAAGGCUGAAUUUCAAAUAGACAAUCUUCAAUUUCUACAAGUCCAUAAACAAAAAAGAUGCAAGCAGUUAGGGAGAAGCUACACGAUAUGAGCGUCAUGCGCAAGGCCAAGGCCGAGGCAAAGGCCGAAGAGAAGGCAGAGAAGGAGCUAGCAAAAGCAAGAGUGGAAGUGGCUCAUGAGGUAAGAUUGGCACGAGAGGCUGAAGCUGCGAUGGAUCUUCAUGUAGCCAAAGCUGGAAUGAAGGCUGAGAAAGAGAUGGCUAAGUAUGCUGACACUCACACCAAUACCUUUGUGUCUCCUGGCGGAACCACCACCCUUCCUGAUUACUCCGUACCAGUAGCUCCCGGCAUGACUAUGGUUGGAGCCCCUGGCACCGUCGACAUGGCCGGAGCUCCUUCUCCCGUUAAUAAGAAGUUACUGUAA